CUCGUAUCAUUCCAAGUCGUCAGGAUUUUAAAAGCACCUUAGCUGAGGAGAAAAUAAAAAGACGUACAUUUCUGCGACUUUUUUUUAAACAGUGUACUAUGAUUAAAGAAUUAAUUCAUUCUAAAUGCAGGCAAGUAUGAAAGGGUUAAAAUAUUUAAAUAAUCAAGGUUUUAUUGACUAAAAAUGACUGAUUGAUUUUUCAAAAAAACAUUUGGUCACCGGUGCUAAAAGAAAACAAAAGACAAUAUAUAUAUUUAAAAAAAAAAAGAAGAAGAAAGAUAUACAGCUGAUCUAAAAGGAGUUUUCAAAAGGAUCUGUCGAUAAGAAAAAGAAAAAAUGCACCCGUCCAGCUCUGGAAAGUUGGCGGUCAAGAAGAACCUGAAGAGCGCCAAAGGGAGGCCGAAGAGCGAGUCGAGGAGCAAGAAAAAGCGUAGGAAAGAGUCGUACGCCAUAUACAUAUACAAGGUGCUCAAGCAGGUCCACCCGGACACAGGCGUCUCGUCCAAGGCGAUGAGCAUAAUGAACAGCUUGGUGAACGACAUAUUCGAACGGAUCGCGGCCGAGGCGUCACGCCUUUCCCUCUACAACAAGCGUAUGACAAUAUCAAGCCGUGAGAUACAGACCGCCGUGAGGCUCCUCCUGCCCGGUGAGCUGGCCAAGCAUGCAGUCUCCGAGGGUACGAAAGCCGUAACAAAAUACACGAAUACGAAGUAACUUUGAUUCAAUGAAGUAUUCAACUGUUCAAGUUUUUUUUCGGUGAAUAAACGUGUUAUAUUAAAAACUU